GCCUCCUCCGCCCCUCCGGGCGCCGCUGGAACAACAAGCCGGCGGACGGCGGAGGGCAGCGGCGGCCGGGCGGAUGGCGGAGGUGGUCAAGCCCCGCAGCCGGAGCAAGGCCGGCCGGGUCAGAGCCAAGGAAAAGAAGAAGAAGGAUGAAGAGAAGGAGAGCACGAUAGCUCAGCUUUCUUUGGACAAAAAGAUUGAUGAAGAGGCUUUGCAGGAGAAAAGCACGCCCGAAGGACUCGUUUCAUCAUCCAGACCCUGCCCUGCAGCCCCCCAGAAGGAAACUGGGAACCGGGACCCCAAAGUGCCACCAAGCCUGCUAACCCCUGAAAAUGAAGGACCCCCAGCAGCCCCUCAGACCGAACCUCUGCUGGGCGCAGAACCGGGUGCAAACAUUUUGCAGGAGGAGAAAGAUGCAAAAAUGGCAGAGAGGCAGGGUCUCAAGGAAGGCGCCGUUAACGUCAAGACGAUCGGUGACUUGUUGGGAAAACACACUCCUCCCGCCGAAACUGCACCCCGGAGUAGCCUUGCGGAAGAUCCAGCUGCCCCUUUCUCCGAAAAGGUCCGUGCCCCGGCCUCUCUUCCCGAAACGGGAGUGAAAGCACACCCGGAGACCCCCCUCUUUAAAAACCUGUACCCCGAUCUCUCGGCGUUGUUAUCGGAAGGACUGCCGGAGUUCACGUUCCAAUGGCGGCAUCGGCCGGAGGCUUUGUAUCCGGCACUUCCAGCCCAUCCCGAACUCGCUCCUUUUACCAAAGAGCAGCUAAAGAUUUUUGAGCCCUGCUCCUGGCUGGAGAACGUAGAGGCCUACGCGGAGGAAUUUGGCAGCGUGGCCCACCAGGACCGCCACGCGUUUUACGAGCUGGUGCUCAACUACGGCCGCUGUCGGAAGCAGCUGCUGCUCGCCGAGACCAAAUUGCAAAGCCUUUCCUUGGAUGGUGAAAGCGUCAAAGACCGCCUGUGGACUUUCCGGGAUCAGCAGCAGAGUGCCCAGGGCGUCUGCGCCGAUCAAUGCAAAGUCUCCGGCUUUCACCGCUACCAGACGGUCGAGGUGAACGAAGGAGCCUUGGAAGAGCUGAAGAAGCUCCUCGACCUCCAGACGGAACACCUGCACCAGAUCCUCGCCCUGCACUUGUACACCUCGGUGUUGUCCCGUUUGCAAGUGGAGUCUUACCUCCACAACGUGCUCAGGGCCUCCCCCUUGUUAAGGUCGCUGGGCCUUCAGCCGCCGGAAUCAACAGCUCUGAAAACAGCGUCUUCCCCAUCUUCGGACUUGGGGCCCUUGAAAGACUGCAUCAGCGUUCUCUUCAGCUUCACCCGUCGGGCGACUGAGGACCCACAGUUCCAGAGCGAUGUCCUCUCGUGGCUUCGGAAGCUGGUCGCCCUCUUGCAAAGGGUGGCUUCUCCAGGAGACCAUCUUUUCCUCUUAAACCACAUCCUCCGGUGUCCAGCCGGCGUGAGCAAGUGGGCCGCUCCAUUUAUCCAGAUCCAGAUUCUAGAUAACCCAUCUGGUGUCUUUCACUUCAUGCAGGCCCUCGCUUUGCUCAUGUCUCCUGCCAAAAAUCGAGCGGAAUUUAUGUGCCAUAUGAAGCCGAGCGAACGAAGUCUUUCCUCAUCCGAGCCGGGAUCUGGAAACUGGACUUUAGUCGACGAAGGCGGAGAAGAGGAUGAAGAUCCCGAAACUAGUUGGGUCCUUCUUCUCGAAGAUGACCUGGUGGCCCUUUUGACUCAGUUCCCCUUCCACGAACUCUUCCAGCACAUGCUUGGCUUUGAUGCUAAAGGCAGCUAUGUCCCCGAGAAGACAACUUCCCAAACAAUGAUGAAAAUGCUUGCCUUCGCUAAUUCGGUCGUGAAUCUUCUUGCUGUGGGGCUGGAAACCUUCAACCGAGCGCGUUACAGGCAGUUUGUGAAACGGAUUGGCCAUCUCAUCAGGAUGACGCUGUGCCACGUGAGUGAUCACUGGGCCCAAUUUGUCAGCUGUGCGAAAGAGAGCGGCCCCACGAUGGCGCCGUAUUCCUUGAAGAAGCUGCAAGUGGAAUUUGAUGAGUUUUUCCUGAGGGCGGUACUCCAUGUCCUGAAAGCAAAAAGACUGGGAGUCUGGCUUUUCAUGUCCGAGAUGCCGUACGGGAUCCUCUCCAGCGAUAUGCUUUGGAAGCUCUUCUCCAUCAUGCACUGUGACGGAAGCGAAGAUCUGGAGAAGUUCACCUCCACCCUGCAGCUCGCUGAGUUGAAGCAGAAACUCAAAGAUCCGGCCCAUCUGGAGACCUUUGAGCGCUACCUACAAUCCAUGAACAGCUCUGAGGAGAUCUGCUUGCUGACCACCUUUGCCCAGAUGGCCCAGACCAAACGGGAGGACGUUGAUGAGGACUUCGUGAAAGUGGUGGUGCUGGAGAUCUAUGAGAUAUCUUAUGUCUGUCUUUCCACAAGAGAAACUUUUUCAAAAGUUGGCCGAGAGCUCCUGGCCUCCAUCACUGCUGUUCAUCCAACCAUGAUUUCUGUCGUGCUGGACCGAGUCAGGGAGACCAUUGAGAGUGUCGGCAUGGUGACUCUCUAUUUGUUUAAAGAACUGCCGAUGCUUCUCUGGAAGCCAUCGGCUUCGGAGAUCGCCUUGCUCCGUGACUGGCUUCUGAAUUACAGUCUGACCGAAGUCGAGAAUAAACUUGCUUGCAUUAUCCUGGAAGAGAUGAAUUGGGGCCCUAGUGAGCAGCAGGGCUACCUCCACAUCGAUCCAGCAGUCCACGCGGAAGUAGCACUGAUGAUCUUAGAAGCCUAUCAGAUGUAUCUGCCCCAGAAGCCCUACAGCGGACUCCUUUCCGAAAGCUUCAAACAGGUCUCCUAUCUGGCCAGCAUUGUCCGUUACGGCGAGACCCCCGAAAGCUCCUUCAACCAGUGGGCCUGGGGGAUGAUUUUGAGAUUAAAGCUCCACAGGAAUGAUUACGGCGUGCAGGGGCCCUGGCCUCCAUCCCCCAUCCCCGACCUGACGGAUUCACCCAGCUUUCAUCCGCUGCUGAAGGCGGUCAGAUCUAGUCUCCCCAUUGGCUGCUACCUUGCCUUGGCGAUGUCUGCUGUUGGCCACAGCAUUGACAGCUUCUGUGCUGAAGGGAUCUCUUUUCUGGGCAUUCUGGUACAAUCACGGCAUUUGAGGACCGUGGUUCACGUCCUGGAUAAAGUGUUACUGCUGUUCUACCCGUGCCAUUAUUAUCUUCUCAAGAACGAAAAGUUUCUCUCCUUCUUCCACCAGUUCCUUCAGCUGGACAGUGGUGCUCCCCAAGGGAUGACUCAGCAGAUGACCCACAGGGUGACUCAGCAUUUGACUUGGACAAGCUACGGCAAAAACGUUAAGCUGUUGAACUCCAUGAUUCAGGGCCACAUUUUUAUGAGCAGCCACCCCAGCGGGAUCGGCCCGGCUGCCGUGUUCGAAUUCUGGGUCCAGCUCCUGACCAGCCAGCCGCUGUGGCACAAGGAGAGAGCCGUCCUGGAGCUGAUGGACGGCCUGUGCCAAGCUGCGUUCCAGUUCAACCAGGAGGACUGCUUGCAGAAGUUGCUCUACCAGCAGCACAAGAAUGCUCUGGGCUAUCACAGUGACAAAGGGCUGCUGUCUUCCUUGGUCAGCUGGAUUGUGGCAGGCAACAUCACACCUUCCUUCAUCGAGGGAAAUGCUAACCCCACACAGGUUUGGUUUGCCUGGAGUGUCCUGAAUAUGGAGUCCAUAUUUGAAGAGGAUUCCCAGCUCCGUAGAGUCGUGGUGAGGGAGCUGGUUACCAGUUCCGUUUCGCCUGACCAGGCUCUGAAGAAAGCUCAGAGCCAGCUCAAGCUACCCAUGGUGCCUUCUCUUCAGCGCCUGCUGAUUUACCGAUGGGCUCACCAAGCCCUGAGCACGCCGGUGGAUCACCCUCUCCUACCGCUUAUUUGCCAAAAAUUCUUCCUUCUCUAUUUACAGCGCCCGGGAUUACAGGAUGGGCUACCCAACGAUGGCUGCGUCGGGAGGCGAUUCUUCCAGGCUCCUACUCAUCUUAGCCUGCUGAACGACCUGAAGCAGCAUCUGAUUGAGGCCACCGACUUCCACCAUUCCGCUAGCAAAAUGCUCCAGUUGGACAGCCCAGCAGGCGGAAGCGAACAUCCGACCGCCAAAGGCUUCAGCAAGGCCAAUUAUGUGACUUUCUUAGAGCUUCACAAGGACCUUGUCAGGCUUUUUUCCACAUUUGUUCUGUGGCUGGAAGAAGAAAGGUUCCAGAAAGGAGACAUCUACAUUCCCUCUUUGCCCAAGCAAUACGAUGGACAUCGGCUUGCCAAGAUCAUGCAGAACCAGCAGGAUCUCUGGAUGGAAUUUGUCAACGUUCAGCAGAUUCAGCACGAGUUCCAGGAAACCUUAGACCUCUGGUUUCAAGUCAGAGUGGGACCCCUUCCUGCCUCAAGUGCUUCGCCGGCGCAGACUGACUUCACCGACCCUUUGUUAGCCAAGGAAAGGAUCAUCAGCAGCUUGAAGAAAUACGAUGAGCCCCAGCCCCUUCUCCCUCUCCAACCAAUGAAAGCUCCGGUGCCUGUCAUUUCCCCGGCUAGCUUGGUAAACCAACAUGAAGCCAAAGAAUUGACUUGCACUAACCUCAGGGUCUUUCAACAGCAUGCGAACUGGUUGUUGUUAAAUUUUAGACGGGCAGCGCUUCGGGAAUCCCAGCAAGUGGCUUUCAGUAGCGAGAUGCUGGACACGUUGCCAAAGCUUUACAUCAACCGAGAAGAGCAAGUUACUCUUCACCUGGAAUGUCGGGCUGGAUCUGGGAAACGUUGCCACGGAGCAGCUCAUGUAACAAUCCAGUUUGAGGGCAAGCACAAAAACGAAGCCAUCCGCCAGCAGUUGGACGUUUUGGAGAAAGAAAUGAAGCACCUGCAGGCGGAAGCGGCUCAGAUGCCUCCUCUAAGUGUGGUCGGAGCUGCGGUCUAUGUGGAGAACUUCAUAACAGGCUUAAUAAAUAUCUAUAAGCUUCAGCCUAGCCCGAGGAUUCAGCGAAUUGGGAUCAGCCUGUUUUUUGCCAUCGUGGAAUAUGUGUCUGAUGAAACGCAGCGUCACCCACCAUCCAGGCAGUUCUUCACUUCUUGUAUCGAGAUCCUAGGCCAGGUGUUCAUCAUGGGGACCAAGUCCGAAUGCCAGCGGGUUCUACAAACCAUCCUGAAGAACCGAAGGCUUUGCACACUGCUCUCCCCCUACUUCACCCCGGUUGCCUCCCCGGAGGAGUUUGUCAACUUGUACGAGAAAGUGGUGGCUUUCCUGGGCGACGACAACAGCGAUGUCAUUUUCAUGCUCCUGACAAAGUUUGACCUCCUGGAAUGGCUGCAGAGUUCAAAACCUGCCCUGUCAGAGCGUGGCCAGCUUUUGGAGUCCAUCCACGUGGGCCUCAAGACCUGUGGCUUUGAGCCUGAGAAGGACGUCUUAAUGCCUUUCUCCAUCUUCUGCAAGCACUGGGUUUGCCUCCUCCAGUACCAGUUUCCUGACCACUACAGCAGUUUUCUGAGGCUCCUUCUUCAAAGUUCUUCAGAUCAGCUCCUCAGCCCGGACUGUUGGAAAGCAUCCCUUAAAGGUUUGGGCUGCCCCAGCUCCAUCCCAGCAAAGGAAAACGGAAGGAAAGAAAUGGCGAACCCAAGCCUCCCCCUACAGCCUUCCACGGAGCCAAUUUUAUCACCUGAACAGGUCAUGGAGACCAUAGAGUGGUUGUCCGACUACUUCCUCAAACUGCGGUUGUCUUCUCAAGACUAUCGAAGUUUUGGACUAUUUUCCAAGUGGGCACCUUACGUGGCUCAUGUCAAACGUCUGAUGCAAUAUCUGCUCCACCGUCUAAUUGACUCCAAAAUGGACAGCUUGUCACGGGAGCCCAUAGGCAGCAACAGGGUGUUUGAAGCUUUGCAUUCUCUAUUUCUAGUUACCAUUCAACUCUUCAAGCCGUGGCUUGAGGUUUUAGAGGGAGAAGAAACGAGCAAACAGCGCUGCUAUCCCUGGCUGGAAAGUGACGCCUCCCUUUCGUCCACAAUGGUGGAGUUGUUUGCAUCCAGCGUAGACAUCCUACACAACAGUUUUAAAGACAAGGUGCUUCCCAGUGACCCGGGAGUGCUCUGGCUCCUCGUCAUGCACUACAGCGAGUCGUACACGGCGCCCAAAAUGCCGGAGCACAUCCUGCACCUCUUCCACACGGAGUUGGGCCGCCUGCCUUGGAAGGAGGUUCACCCGGAUCAGCACCUGAUGGAGAAGUUCUUUAAGGUAGAAAGAGGCAGCCCCAAGAGUUGCUUCCUCUUCUUGGGCUCGGUGCUGUGUGAGGUCAACUGGGUCAGUGCCCUCGCUGACGCCUGGGAUCCCACCCCGCCCCCGGACACCCACAGCCUGAUCGUCUGCCUGCUCUACAUGGUGGUCCUGCUGGCCAAAGAGGAAGAGCUUGUCACCAAAGAGCAAUCUCCGCUGCUCAACCUCCUGGGCCAGGCCAGCUCCCUUCCCUGGCAGCAUGUCAACAUGGCCUCCUAUCAGAGCAUCCUCAGUUACUUCAACAGCCACUAUUCCCCCUCCAUCCUUCUGGCCACGGAACCGGCGGCUGAACUGGUGGUGAAGCUCUUGAAAGUGUCGGCCGGCCUCAGCCCCUCUUUCGACAGCAGCCGGCACCCUGAUGCCAGCCUGAAGUGCCAAGCCUUCAUCCGCCAGAUUGUCCGCUUCCUUGGUCUUCUGGAACAAAAUGGGACAAUUGCUCCAGCAGUCCUGGAGCAGGAGUUCUCAAAACUGCUGGAGGAUAUCGCCCUCUUUAGUCCCCCAGGCGCCGAUGUCCAGCUUCGCAGUCUAUCCUUAACCAGCCUCUUUGCCGAAGCCCUGAUGGUGAUCAACAAUGCCAGUGCUGCCUCGGCAGAAUCCCUCCUGGCUUGUCUCUGCCGCUGGAUUGGCAGCACACUGCGCGGCUUAGGGGUGAUGCCGCUCUUAAGAGCCUCUUGUCAAAGUUUGGCAUCUGUCCAACACAUGGCCAUGACGAUGGAGGCUUGUGUCACCGCCUACUUUAACGAAGACCCUCCUCUCAACCAAGACUUGGGCUGGGGGCCCAUUGUGGCCUCCCUGCAGGUUCCAGAACUGGCAGCCGAAGACUUCCUGCAAGUGUCCCUGUCGUCGGGAGGCUACCUCACCCUCUACGUGUACACACUGCAGCAGCUGAAGGCCGAGCGGACGCCGGGCAACGAGAUGAGGGCGCUCUUAACGUUGAGCAAGUGGUCGGAACAGGUGUUUCCCAGCUCUGCCCAGGACGAAGCUAAACUCUUCCUCUGGUGGCACAAAAUCCUGCAGCUCUGCCUGCUUCAAGCCGAACAGGAAGAUCCCAUCUUGAUGGAAUCGGUCAUCCGGGUCUUGACCUCUCUGCAAGGCCGGCAGAGCCUGCUGGCUGAAGAGAGACUCACCUCUGGACUCCUCGGUGCUCUUGGGCUGGGCAGGAGAUCUCCUUUGUCAAACAGAUUCCGUGUCCUCGCCCGGAGCAUGUCCGCCUUCCUCCUGGUGCAGCUUCCUCUGGAGAAUCAAAUUCGCCUGCGGUCGGGGCUGGAACUGCAACCCUCUUCCAAAGCUCAACAGGCUCUCAACGCUUUGGAUUCGCUGGCGUCCAACAAGCCAUACGCGGAAUACCAAGGUCAGAUCCUCCAGGCCUCCCAGUUCAUCAAGGACUCUCAACAUUGCCUUCACGACGGGACUCACCUGCUGGCUAUCCUCCUCAACACUUUGUACGCGGAAGUGCGUUACCUGGACGCGAUACGAUAACAGGAGAAGCGCGCCGGGGGAGCGGUGGUGGUGUCCCCUCUGCCUCUUGCACUAAUCAUGGAUCAUGUUCAGUUUACAGUCGGCGAUAAUGUUGCAUAAGUGAUUCUCGGGGUUUUUGCUGCUCCUCCGAGGCGAACGGAAGGGUGGAGAAAGGAAGGAUGGAAGGGAAAGUUUUGAGUUUCUGUUGCCGUACUCGGAAAGCGGUGGGGAAGCAUUUGGCUUCCUGCCAAGAGGCCAAACCCAGAUCGAUUCAUCUGGGUUUGGUGGAGAGAGUCACUUGCAUGGUGUCAAGGCAAAGUCCGGAAUCGGCUCUGUUUAGCGGUGCCCAUUUCUGACCGUUUUUUAUUGGACUGCAUUUUUGUUCACCCUUUUUCGUCAUUAUCUUUUGUUUUUCCCCCGAAUGUGGAAUUUGCGGACCUCUUCCCGUCUCAAAACUGUCAAAAUUCACAUCCUUGACUUCCUGCUCUCUUUUGUUCGUUUUACCUCUCUCCCUGAAGCAAAUGCUUCGUCCCUCGUUUCGGGAUGUUCAGAAUAGAUCCCGUCUGCGAAUGAAAUCCGAGAUUGUUGGGUUUUUUUGCCCUGUCUACAACGCUGGAUUUAUCUCUGUGGAAGGAUAUUAAGAAGAGAGACACUCUGCACAAUUGAUUUUUUUUUUGUUAUCCUCUUGCUUGGAAUAAAUCGCUCGUUUUCCUGUCGACUCGCUCGCCGUGAAAUACGGCGAGCCACAAUACUCGCAAGAGCGUGGAGAAUGUAAUAAUUGGAUUAAUUGUAGGGAGUGCCCUUAAGAUAAUUUAAUUUGGAACAAUAUAGAUUUCUCGCAACGAUACCUUUUGGGGAAAAGUAACCAGUUUUCACAGGAUUCUCGGUGCUGGGUUCUGAAAACAUUUCAUCACGUUGAAUCGUUUUUGUUUCUUCCAGCAACCUGACAAAAUUAAUUUGCAUUAAACCCAUCAUUAUUCUCACUUCCAGUAAGCUAGGGCGACUGAAGCUAGAGAUACAGACUAAAAGACACCGUUUUUGGUCUAUUUUGUAAGCAGGUUCUUAAAAGAAAACAGUUGGGUGUUUGUUGUGGGUCAUGGGAAUAGGGGUUCUAUGGGACAAAAUACACUUGUUUGUUUUGCUCCAGAACACGUUUAAACCUUAACACUCAAAUACAUUUUUCUCCGCUCUGAGCACAUUUGGAUCCCCCCGUUUAUUUUGAUACUACAUGGGACAAAACACACUUCUUUCUCUUUUGCUCCAGAACACGUUUAAACCUUAACACUCAAAUACAUUGUUCUCUUCUCUGCGCACGUCUGGAUCCUCUGUUUAUUUUGAUACUACAUGGGACAAAACACACUUGUUUGUUUUGCUCCAGAACAUGUUUAAAUGUUAACACUCAAAUACAUUUUUCUCUUCUCUGCACACAUCUGGAACCCCCCCCCCAUUUAUUUUGAUGCUAUAUGGGACAAAACACACUUGUUUCUCUUUUGCUCUAGAACACAUUUAAAUCUUAACAUUCAAAUACAUUUUUCUCCGCUCUGCACACAUCUGGAUCCCCGUUUAUUUUGACACUACAUGGGACAAAACACACUUGUUUGUUUUGCUUCAGAACACGUUUAAAUCUUAACACUCAAAUACAUUUUUCUCUUCUCUGCACACAUCUGGAUCCCCCCAUUUAUUUUGAUACUACAUGGGACAAAAGACACUUGUUUGUUUUGCUCCAGAACACGUUUAAACCUUAACACUCAAAUACAAUUUUUCUCUUCUCUGCGCACAUCUGGAUCCCCUGUUUAUUUUGAUACUACAUGGGACAAAACACAUUUGUUUCUGUUUUGCUCCAGAACACGUUUAAAUCUUAACACUCAAAUACAUUUUUCUCUUCUCUGCACACAUCUGGAUCCCCCCAUUUAUUUUGAUACUACAUGGGACAAAAGACACUUGUUUGUUUUGCUCCAGAACAUGUUUAAAUCUUAACACUCAAAUACAUUUUUUCCGCUCUGAGCACAUCUGGAUACCCCCAUUUAUUUUGACACUACAUGGGACAAAACACACUUGUUUGUUUUGCUCCAGAACACGUUUAAAUCUUAACACUCAAAUACAUUUUUCUCUUCUCUGUGCACAUCUGGAUCCCCUGUUUAUUUUGAUACCACAUGGGACAAAACACACUUGUUUCUUUUUUGCUCCAGAACACGUUUAAAUCUUAACACUCAAAUACAUUUUUCUCUUCUCUACGCACAUCUGGAUCCCCCCGUUUAUUUUGAUACAACAUGGGAUAAAACACACUUGUUUGUUUUGCUCCCGAACGUGUUUAAACCUUAACACUCAAAUACAUUUUUCUCUUCUCUGCACACAUCUACAUCCACCCUGUUUAUUUUGAUACCACCAGCCACACUUAACACACUCCCUUAGAAGUGAUCCUCCACAUGCUCUUACAAGUGAUUUUCCAUUUAACAGCACUCCUUUUGUCGCUGGGCCCUUCAACCAUUAAGAGAGCAUCAAAAGUGAACUGCUGCUUUGCUUCGCCUUGGGGAUUGUUACGUGCCGACAUUUCGUCCCUCUUGUGUCAAGGGCUGUGCACGUUGCUGGCUGAGGGAGUCUCUUUGCCUCCCCCCCCCUUUUUUGAUUUAAAACGCUUUUCUGUCGGAGCUCAUCAAGUAAAAUGGAGAGUACGGUUUCUUUUGAAAAGGUAAUUGCGUUUUUUUGCACCUUUAGUUUCCACUUCGCAAAGGAGCAUUCAUCUGCAGCUUACGUGGCGGUGUUAGUGAUUGCCUUCAGCUAAUUACUGCAAAAUUAGUUGCAUUUCUCUUCCUUGCCUUGCCAAAUUAUGCUGAACGGCUCUUUGCCGUAGUUACCUUUAGAAGAAGAAGAUCGAUUCAAGAUGGAUACGUUAUGCCGUCCCUCUGGUACGUUGAUCAAAAAACAGUAAUGCGGAUAGAGGGGAAAAAAAACAUUUCAUGUUUUCAAAGGAUCUUUUGUACAGAUCUCACGAGCCUGAGUGGAAAUUGCUGGUUUUCUUUUUUGAGAGGCACAAAACACAACACACACGCACAUCCCAAUCUUUUUCUAAUGUUUCCUUUAUUUUGGCAAGGUGCAAAUGAUUUAAAAGAACAAAUCGGUGGGGGUCCAGACUGCGCGUGUGUCUGUGUGCAUGAUAAUUUGGGGGUUGGGGUUUGUACAGAGAGCGUGUUUUAAAAUGGCCACUGCUUGUCUGGAUCAGGUGAAAUAAACAGAGAAACGCCAACUUGAA